AUGGCUACGUUCCUACAGGACGCUCUACCCGCUUCGCCUGUCGCGUUCGGUCGCGCAGCUAGAUCACUUUUUCAGCUGGAUCCUGAAUAUACUAAUUUGAACCAUGGUACAGCUGGCGCUGUACCCCGAUAUGUCGAGGACGCAAGCCGAGAGCUCGACGCGGAAAUGUCACUCAACCCGGAUCGUUUUAUAUGGUUCGAAUACCGUCCUCGCUUGGAAAAAGUCCGGGCACAGAUGGCUACGCUCAUUGGUGCACAACAGCACGAAUGCGUCUUCGUGCCGAACGUCUCUCAUGGAAUCAACACUGUCCUGCGCAACUUCGAGUGGGGCGAAUCAGACACGUUGCUUAUCACCGACUGUCACUUCAAGACUGUAACGUCGGCUGCCCAAUUUGUUCGCGACAAUACUCAUAACCUAAUGCUCUCAGAGUUCAAGCUCAGCUUCCCGGAGAGACGCUCUGUGAUAUUGGGACGGUUCAAGGCUCAUAUUCGUGCCAUAAAACGAGCGCAGGCGCUACACUCAGGCGUAACACCGAGGUCGACCCCCAAGAUCGUUGCGGUUUUCGACAGUAUAUCGGCCGCUCCAGCGGUCCUGAUGCCAUGGAAGGAGAUGGUACAGAUUUGCAAGGACGAAUGUGUGUGGAGCGUUGUUGAUGCAGCUCAUUCCUUGGGCCAAGAGGUCGACCUUGACUUGGGAAGGGUCUCACCGGAUUUCUGGGUUUCGAGCUGCUCGAAGUGGCUUUAUACGAAACUCGGCUGCGCAGUUCUUUACGUCCCCGAGCGUAAUCACCGCAUCAUCAAAUCGGCAUUUCCAACAAGUCUCACCUAUCACGGCCUGGGGCAAUCUCCGGUCGAGCACGAUUUGCAGUUCAAAUUUCACUGGACUGGUACCUUAGACUUUACUCCGGUUUUGAGCAUAAAGUCCGCUCUCGAAAUCCGAUCGCUGCUGGGUGGGGAAGCGAAGAUCAAUCAAUACUGCCAUGACUUAGCCAUGGCCGGUGGAAGGCGUCUCGCGGAAAUCAUGAAGACGCACAUGCUAUACCCCGCAGACGAUGAGGAAGCAGAGGCAUUCACUGCCAACAUGGUCAAUGUUGCGAUACCGCUUCCUGGAUCGCUGCGGCCAUCCGAGCAGAUCACGCUCAUGUUUCAGGACAAGCUACUCAACAAGCACAAUGUUUACGCGAUGCAGUUCUAUCAUAAUGGUCAGUGGUGGACAAGAGUAAGCGCACAGAUAUAUAACGAGCUCAAGGACUUUGACAUACUUGGGCACGCUCUCUUAGCCGUGUGCGCGGAAAUGGCCAAGAGCCUCUCGCCGACUUAA